CCCAAGGUUACAGCUCAAGACAAAGCCAUACUGCAGGUGAAAUUACAAAAAGAUAAAUUAUUGAAGUAUCAAAAAAAAUCUAAUCUAUUGCUAAAAUCAGAAACUGAACAAAUAAAGACAUAUCUUAGACAAAAUGAUAAAAGAAGUGCAAAAGUAUUAUUGAAAAGAACCAAAUAUCAAGAAACUCUCUUGGAGAAUGUAUCGAGUCAAAUAAUGAAUCUUGAAAAUAUGAUUCAAAAUAUAGAAUUCAAAUUAGUUGAAAAGGAAUUUUUAAAAGGUUUAACAAACGGGAAUGAAAUUUUGAAAAAAUUAAAUAAAGAAAUGAAUAUUAAUGAUGUUGAGAAGUUAAUGGAUGAUGUUAAUGAUAAUAUCCAAUAUCAAGAGGAAAUUGAUCAAGUUUUAUCAACCUCUAUUGUUGGUAAAGAUGUUGAAGAUGAAAUUGAUGAAGAGUUGAGACAGUUAGAAGAACAA